GGUGCACAGGUAGUAAAACGUCGGGUCGCCUUAAUUACCACCUCGCUAUCAGCAGCCUGCCUAAGUAACCCCAAUCAUCAUCUUUCUUCCAAGGGCUCUCUCUACCAGCAAAUAUUAUGACCACCACGGGCGAGUUCCGCUACCUCGACCCGGAGUCCAUCUCGCCCGGCACCAAGCCGUGGUCCAAGGUCGACAGCGCCGCCACGUCCUUCCGGCUGGCCUCCCGCCGGCGCAGCGUGGCCAACAUCCGCGACAGCCUCCGGCCCGACCAGCCGCUGCGGGGCAACUUCGGCACCGACAUUGACGUGUCGGGCUUUGCCGUCUACCACGCGCCGGCCCGGGAGAAGACCUUCACCGACGACGCGGCGGUGCGCGGCGGCUACUACGCCGAGGUCGAGGCGCUGCUGCGGGCCAAGCUGCCGGGCAAGGUCGCGCGGGUCGAGAUCUUUGACCACACGAUCCGCAAGCACGAUCCGGCGUCGCCGCGCCAGCCGGUCCAGCAGGUGCACGUGGACCAGACGCCGGCGGCGGCCGAGGCGCGCGUGCGGCGCCACCUGCCCGCGGCCGAGGUGGACGGCCUGCUGGCGAGGCGGUUCCAGAUCAUCAACGUGUGGCGGCCCAUCUCGCACCCGGCCGCCGACUUCCCCCUGGCCGUCGUCGACUGGCGGACGACCAAGCGGGACGACCUGGUGCCCGUCGACCUGCUGUACCCGCUGCGCAACCGCACCAUCGGGGACGCCAACGACGACCGCGGCAAGGAGGUCCUGCCGGACCCGGCCACGGCCGCCGGCACCGACGGCUACGAGGUCCGGGGGGAGACGUACGGGGUCCUGCCCAGCGACUCCCACAAGUUCUACUACGUCAAGGACUUGACCCCGGACGAGGCCUUGUUCAUCAAGUGCUUCGACAGCUGGGGCGAGGGGUUGCCCGGCGGCAAAAAGGGCGUCGCCGCCCUGACGCCUCACACCGCCUUUAUCGAUCCCGCGACGCCCCCGGGGACCAAGGGCCGCGAGAGCAUCGAGGUCCGCUGUCUGGUGUUCUACGACGAGUGAGCUGUCUGGCGUUUCCGGAGCGGAUGUGAAGAAUAGGACGACACGUCAGUUCUUUGGAUAGCUAUAAUUAGAGUCUUCACAUUUGUUCUUCG